ACAAUUUAAGGGAAAAGAGGUCAAUGCCCUUUACUAGUCAGGUAUUACAUGUUUUAAAAAUUCUUGCAGCACACUGGUUGAGCAUGGAUAAAGAAAAAAGUUUACAAUUCUUUUAAGAAAGCUAAUGAAAUAUUGAUUGUAAACUUUCUAGGCAGCAUGAAACAGGAAAAUAUGAAAAAAUUUUACAAAUAUUAAUGUAGCUUCAAUUCAGUACUAGCAAAUGGAAUUCAACAGUACAUGAAAAUAAUCUUCAGCCCCAGGGUUUCAGCUCUGAAAUAAAUGCAUAUGUGGUUCAGUAUUAGGAAAUCUAUAUACAUGUUCUAUUAAUAGGUGAGAGAAAACCACAUGAUCAUUUUUUUGAUGCCAAAAAAGCAUUUGACCUAAUUAAUAUCAAUUCCUGAUAAGCAUUCUCUGUGUAAUUAAAAUUGAUGAAUUCUUAUUUCACAUGAUUAAGAAAAAUUUUAUUUCAAACCAAAACCAUUGUCAUGCUUAGCGAGUGGUAUGCUAGAAGUAUUUUUAUUAAUGUAAGGAACAAGAAAAGGAUGCCCAACGUUUAGCACUGUUACAUAAUAUUAUAGUGAAGGUGUAAGUCAAUAUCCAAGAUUAAUAUUGGGGAGAGAGGAAGCAAAAUUUUUGUGCAGCAGGGGACAAUAUAUACAUGAAACUCAAGAAUCAACCAUUUUACUGUUCUCGUUGUUAGAAACAAUAAGAGACUUUGGUAACGUGGCUCUUUACAAAAUUAAUGUACCAGAAUCAUCAGCUUUCCUAUAUAUAAAAAGCAGCUUCUUUAGAAAAUAUAACGAAAAAUAUAAGAAACAAAAAGAUAAGAUACCAACAUAAGUAAAUGGAGAGGCUCUACUAAGAGACAUUUUAAAAAGAUUAACUGGAAAUACUGUGCUCUUAGGAGAGCUCAAUAUUGUAAACUUAUUGGUUUUCCCUAAAUUAUUUUAUGUACUUAAUGCAAUUUAAAUUAAAAUAUUGUUAGUUUUUUAAAACUUGACAACAUUACUGUGAAGUUCAUUUGGAAAGCAUAAAAUGUGAGAAAGAAGAAGGAAGAAGAGAAGCUAGCCUUUCAAGUAUUAAAACACAUGAAAAAAAACACCUCUACGGUAUGUUAGGAAAUUAUAAUAUUUCAAGUUGGUUUCCGAGGAAGUACCAAAUAGACUCUGAAACAAAUAGACUAAUAACAAAAUCUAGAAAUUGCAUAUAUAUAUAAAUAUGUGUGUGUAUAUAUAUAUAUAUAUAUAUAUAUAUAUAUAUGGAUUUAUGCAUUAUAAAAUUGGCAUUUCAAGUAAUUGGAGAAAAUGGCAAGAUUUAGUAAAUGGUAUUAGGACAAGUGGUUAAGUAUUUGGUGGAUCAGUCAAAUAACACCUAACACUUAUGUAUCAGGGCAGCUAUCAUAAACUCUUUAUAUUUAUUAAUAUAUUUAAUUCUCCCAACAACUUUGUGAGAUACUGUUUUACCCCCAUUUUAUAGAUGGGGAGAUUGAUGCAGAGUCACACAGCAAUUAAGUGGCAGAAAGUGGGAUUCAAGUAUAGGCAUUCUGGUUCCAUGCUUGUGUAUUUCUUCAGUGGCCAGAUGGCCAACAAACCAAAGCAGAGAGACUGUGAAGACUGCUCAGAGACACUUGCGAUCCAGUCACAUAAGUGGAAUAAAGAAAUAUUGGUCCUCAUGGAAGAAGAACAAGAUUUACCAGAGCAACCAGUUAAAAAAGCCAAGAUGCAGGAAUCGGGAGAGCAAACUUUAAGUCAAGUAAGCAACCCCGAAGUCAGUGAUCAGAAACCUGAAACUUCAAGCCUUGCUUCAAACCUUACCAUGUCAGAGGAAAUAAUGACAUGUACCGAUUACAUCCCUCGCUCAUCCAAUGAUUAUACCUCACAAAUGUAUUCUGCAAAACCGUAUGCACAUAUCCUCUCAGUUCCUGUUUCGGAAACUGCUUAUCCUGGGCAGACUCAGUACCAGACACUACAGCAGUCUCAACCGUAUGCUGUCUACCCUCAGGCAACCCAAACGUAUGGACUACCUCCUUUUGGUGCAUUGUGGCCAGGUAUGAAACCUGAAAGUGGUUUAAUUCAGACUCCACCUCCAAGUCAACACAGUGUUCUUACCUGCACUACAGGGUUAACCACAAGCCAGCCAAGCCCAGCACAUUAUUCUUAUCCCAUUCAAGCUUCAAGCACAAAUGCCAGCCUGAUAUCCACUUCAUCUACAAUUGCCAAUAUUCCAGCAGCAGCAGUUUCCAGCAUCUCAAACCAGGACUAUCCCACCUAUACUAUCCUUGGUCAGAGUCAGUACCAGGCCUGCUACCCCAGCUCCAGCUUUGGAGUCACAGGCCAAACUAACAGUGAUGCUGAGAGUACCACAUUAGCAGCAACCACAUACCAGACGGAGAAGCCUAGUGUCAUGGUACCUGCGCCUGCAGCACAGAGACUUUCCCCUGGAGACCCUUCUACAAGCCCGUCUUUGUCCCAGACUACACCAAGUAAAGAUGCUGAUGACCUGUCCAGAAAAAACAUGACUGGAAAGAACCGGGGCAAGAGGAAGGCUGAUGCUAGCUCUUCCCAGGACAGUGAAUUGGAACGGGUAUUUCUGUGGGACUUGGAUGAAACUAUCAUCAUCUUUCACUCCCUUCUUACUGGAUCCUAUGCCCAGAAGUAUGGAAAGGACCCAACAGUAGUGAUUGGCUCAGGUUUAACUAUGGAAGAAAUGAUUUUUGAAGUGGCUGAUACACACCUAUUUUUCAAUGACUUAGAGGAGUGUGACCAGGUGCAUGUGGAAGAUGUGGCUUCUGAUGACAAUGGCCAAGACUUAAGCAACUAUAGUUUCUCAACAGAUGGUUUCAGUGGCUCAGGAGGCGGUGGCAGCCAUGGUUCCUCUGUGGGUGUACAGGGAGGUGUGGACUGGAUGAGAAAACUGGCUUUCCGUUACCGAAAAGUGAGAGAAAUCUAUGAUAAGCAUAAAAGCAACGUGGGUGGCCUUCUCAGUCCCCAGAGAAAGGAAGCACUGCAGAGACUAAGAGCAGAAAUUGAAGUGUUAACAGAUUCCUGGUUAGGUACUGCACUGAAGUCCUUACUUCUCAUCAAGUCCAGGAAGAAUUGUGUGAAUGUUCUGAUCACUACAACCCAGCUGGUUCCAGCUCUGGCCAAGGUUCUCCUAUAUGGGCUUGGAGAAAUAUUUCCUAUUGAAAACAUCUAUAGUGCUACCAAAAUUGGUAAAGAGAGCUGCUUUGAGAGAAUUGUGUCAAGGUUUGGAAAGAAAGUCACGUAUGUAGUGAUUGGAGAUGGACGAGAUGAAGAAAUUGCAGCCAAACAGCACAACAUGCCUUUCUGGAGGAUCACAAACCAUGGAGACCUAGUGUCCCUCCACCAGGCUUUGGAGCUUGAUUUUCUCUAAGAACUGGAAUGAAGAGCCUUCCCCAUGAGCUGCUUUUCACUCCUGAAAGGAGCCGGAGACUGGAACCAACUGAGAACUCACUCUCUUUCUCCAUGGAAUGCUGGCGAGAACACAAUCAGAACCAACAGCUGCAAGGGAUGAAGCUUAUUUUUGCUAAGAGUGAGCUGCAGCCCCGUCGGGUUCAUUCUCAUGCAGAAGCAGGACAGUUGGAUUGAGAGAACAAUAGACUCACUGCAGCUACAGUGCUUUUAAUUCUGUGUUUUUUGUUUUGUUUAUUUUGUUUCAAAAAAUGAAGAAGAAAAAACAAAAGGAAAUUUUGGGGGCAGAGUUGCACUCUUUGUCCAUGACCUGGUUGAGAACUGCUGUUAACUUGUGGUGAUAGGAUAAAUGUGGCAGACUUUUGUAAUAACAUCUCUUGCAGUCUUUAUAAACUCCUUAGCUGUAGAACAUAUUCCCAGUGAAUGUAUAUGUAAUUUUUAUAGGUAAGGGUCUGGUCUCGGACGCAGGUUUUCCCUCCUUUCUUUCCUAGCAAGAAAGGGAUGUGUAAAGUUUCCUUGGAAAAUAGUAAUUGAAAUAUCUGAAAUACCUCUCUGUGUGACAGUAGCACCUCUUUAGUUGCUCCAGUGGUCUGCUUUCUAGGAUGGUUUCUCUCCUGUUCUUCCAUCUCCUGGUUUGCUGAACUGUGGGGCACUGGACACUGAUUAACUUUAGACUCUGGUAUUUCCCAUCCUAGAAGCUUCAGUCCCCUUUCCAAUCCCUCCUCCCCUUUAACCAAAUGGCACAAUCCUGGAAACUUCUUCUCUUAGACAGUAAAUGCUAAGCCUUCAGCUUGACUCUGAUUCAAAGACUAUGUCCAGGGGGCUUACCUCUAAACUGGAGAGAAGGGACUAAGGCUUCUUGUGAAUUUUCACUUCUUUGGUUCUUGAACCAGGACUGUUCCACCUUUUCCUCCUGCAGAGAGGCACUCCUACCCCAACAGAUGCUCACCCUACAGCCUUCCUUCCUUCUUAGUCCCCAGUGUAGGCUCCUGUCCCUUUCCUGCCCUGCAUUCCUCACAGCCACCUCCGUGCAGCUCUGGCCAAUCCCUGGGCUUUGGACCCAAGAAGUCAAAUUAAGUCUAAGAACAAGCUCAUAACUACAUUUGGCCAAAACUACCAAUGUAGUUGACUUUCUUUGAAGCCCUUAAGCCUAGCAAGGGUAUUCUGGGUAUAUUUACCCAGAUCUCUGUCUGGAACUGAAGAGAUUUCUGUGAUCAAAACCCAAUUUUCCCAUGGUACACCCUCCCCUCUUCUCAAAUCUCAUUCUAAAGUAGAAAACCAGAAGCCAGAAAUACUCCUGUUUUAGUUGUUGGGUCCCUACUCCAUGCCUGGAAACUUAAUCCUGGGCCAAAUGCAGGGACAUCUCCCAGCCUGGCCUCUGGGGAGAUUGAUGGGUGCCAGGCACUAGUCCCAGCCUUCUAGCCCAACUGUGUUUGUGGGUGCUCCAUCCCUCCACGACCCACCUGGGCAUCUGCUCAGGCAGGAUAAACUUCCCUAGAGCUGAGGACAUUCAGCCUCUCCCAGGCUGCAGAGAGGUGUAGUCUGGAACUCAGUAGGACCAACCCCAGCGAUACCUGCUUGACCCCAGAGAAUCUGCAUAUUCAUUUCUAGAGAUGUUGCAGCACAAAGAGGCCAGACUCCUCCCGAGUCCAGGUCAUUCAUGUAGCAGAGAAAGGCUGUUCAUACACAUUCCUUCAGAACUGAAUGAGAAACAACUCAUGGCUCACAAUUUUAGGGAACAGGUCUUUGGAGAGGAGCUGAAGUCAGUGCUCAUUGCUCAGCUGCUGCUUUGGCCUUGCUCUCAUCGGUGGGGUGGAAGUGGGGGUUAUGUGGUCUAAGGCAGACUUUCCCUUGGUCUGAGUUCAGCACAGUUGCCCAGAUGCCGCUCUGCCUUGCUUGAUAAUUGAUCUUAGAAAGCUCUAGGGUGGAUCUUUUCUUCCAGGCCCAUGCCCUCCACCCACCGGCCGUGUAACUUGGUUUCCUACCCUGGACAAAGGCCACCCGGUUGGUGCUGUGUUUCAGGCUUGUGAGGCUGUGGAGUGGUACCCCCAUCAUAGACCCAGGUCCACACACAAACCCUUCCCUCUCCCUGCCCUUUGGGAGAAGCUCUUCAUUCCUAGAAUAUGACGUGGACCCCUUUUCAUUGGUCUUUUCCUGACUGCCCAGCUGAGGUCUGUGCAAAGGACCUUGAAAUUGACCAAGAGAGGUGAGGAAGCUCAGCAGAGCAGUCGUUGCUCUUUUUUGGUUGUUGCCACACUCAUUUAGGGGCAGGCAGAAACUGGGACCUGGCUCCUCUUUGCCAAAAUGAAUUGUCCAGGGAACACAGUGCUCUUUACCGCGUUUUUCUCCUCCCAGUACAAAGACCUGGACAGGAAAAUAAGUGGGAGCACCAAGAGCUCCUAGAAGCCGAGGGCCCCGGGACACUGGGGGUCCUUUCGACGAGGGGGAAGCCCUGUUUACUAGAAAGAAUCCCCGUGAGAUUGGCCACAUGAUGAAUCCUUUCCCCAGCUGGAGACUGGGUUCUGUAAGAUGGGUCUGCACAUUUCGUGGAGAGGACUUUUCUAGUAAGGGAUCCGGAGUUGUCAAGUGUGUCCUGGGUUUAAGAGGUGGCUUGACUCUCGAAUGUAAAACUGACUGUGCCUUAGCAUCACCCUGUCCAGUGCCCCCGGGGCAGCUGGUGGUGUCCAGGAGAAUGGAUUCCUGCUCCAGAUUUAGAUGCUUUUAUUUGGUUUGGGGUGUUCCUAUCUUCUGCUCUGCAAGUUGGGAGGGGCCAAAACGAGUGUCCCAGGAGGCUUGUGCCACAGUUUGUUCGCAGUUUACACACACUCAGCGCUAAAGCUCCCAAGUAGAAUCUGACUGGCAAACCGGCUGCAGCAUGUGGAGCUUUUAGAUGUCCACUCCCUUGAAUGGGUGUCAGUGCUGCUGAAGCAUAGGGAAGAGGAGGAGGGAUAGAGCUGUUCUCCCACUUCCUGGGAGAGUGAUGCUCUGAGCCAAGGGGUCGUGAGCUUGGGGUGUUCCUCUCCUCCUGCAGGAAGGGGCAAGCAGGGCCCCUUUAAGCAAGCUUCUAUCUCUUACCACUAAUUUGGUUUCCUUUUCAUCCAAAAGUUGGAACUCCCCAGAUUUCCACCAUAACAAGCGAAAUCUGAAUUCUGAGAUUCUAAAAUAUCUUAUAUAUAUUAUGUUCUUAUCGAUUUUUAGAGAGAGAAGGAGAGAGAAACAUCGAUCAAUUGGCUGCCAUCUGCACACCCCCUACUGGGGAUCAAGCCCACAACCCAGGCCUGUGCCCUGACCAGGACCUCUUGGUGUAUGGGAGGAUGCUCAACCAACUGAGCCACGCUGGCCAGGGCAAAUUCUAAAAUAUCUUAAACCACAAGAGAGAAAAUCUAGUUCAGCAGGCCUUCUGUUUCUCUCCUCUUGAGUCAGACAGCUCUAGCAAGCAAGACUCAUUGGCUAGUUCCUAAUGCACUGACAGGAGCCAUCCCAUUAAGGGCAACUUCUCAAAGCCUGACCCUCUGGAUUACAGAUGCCUCAUUUAGCAGUAAAAGGCAUUGAUUGAAUUGGAUAUAUUUAUGUGACUGCGGGCAUUCAUGGCUGUAGAGUCUUUGACCAUAAUGUUAUAUGUAAUGGGAACUAUCUUGUAAACUUGAAAAAAAAAUAAAGUUUUUAUUUUCUAUACA